AUGAGUCGACCCCGCGACGACGACGCGAGCGAUGAUGGCCAGCAGCGGCCUCGUAAGCGCCAGAACACCCAAGACUUCUUCAGGUACCACCAUCCAGGUUUCAUUCGGUCUGUGGAGUGCAUCAACUUCAUGUGCCACGAAAACCUGAAGAUCGAUGUUGGCCCCGGAAUCACGUUUGUUUCCGGCCAGAACGGCCACGGCAAAUCUGCUAUUCUUAACGCUUUGAUCCAGGUCUUUUCAACUGACCGUAAGAUGAAGGGUGAGCGAGGUACAGGUGCUGCUCUGCGACGAAACAUUGAGGACAACAAGAAGGCCAAGUCUGCCAAGAUCAUUGUCAAGAUCAACAACAAGGAGGCUGACGAAGAUCUGGAUUUCACUGAUGGAGGAGUAAAGGGAUAUACUAUGUCUCCAUUUGAGCCUGAGACGUAUGGCGAUAUCAUCAUCAUCGAGAGAGAAAUCUUCGAGAAGUCCAGAAAGCUCAAAAUUAUGACCAAGAAGAAGGAGUUGAUUUCUGAGAAGACAGAAGUCCUUCUGCAAAUCAUGAAACACUUCUCCUACCAGUUCGACAACCGUCUUGUGAUCCAGACCCAGGAGAACGCCAAGAAGAGAGGAGACCCUAAGAGUCUGUUUGACUUCUUUUACAACGGAUCUGGUUUCGAGAGCAUCGAGAACGACCUUGCCGCGAUGAAAAGAGAAGUCGGACAGCAGCAUGAGUGCCUCGAGUCUUCUUUGUUGCAAACCACCCUCGCCAAGAAGGAGCGCAGAGACGAACUUAAGGCCGAAUGCGAGCUUACCGCCCACACCAAGGAGCUCUACGACAAUCUUCAACGGUACAAGGCCAUGUAUCAAUGGUUGGAUUACUCCACUUUCCAGCUGGCUCUUAACAAUGCUCUCAGUGUAAAGAUGAAGCUUGAGGACAAGUGCAAGCAACUCAAGGAGGUGGGUGCAAAGCGUCGAGCCCAACUGGAGGAACACAAGCUGGCUUUGGAGCAGUGUGAAAAAGAAGACCCUGAGCUUGAUGCGCAGAUUGCUGAGGCCAACAGAAAAAAGACACUGCUAAAAAAUGAGAAAGACGACAUCAAUAGACAGCUCCGGUCUUCAGAAAGAGAUGUCGAGGAUCUCGAGGACCAAAUAAGGCUGUUAAACCAUGCCAUUGCUAAGCUUCGAGCGGAGCGAGAUCAGUCGAACUCCAACGCCGAACACAAACGACUGGAUGCAAAGAUCAAAGCGUGUGAAGAGAAAGUCACCACUGCUGAGACGCAAAUCAGAGCAUUCAAGCUCAAGCUGGAGGAGAAGAGAAAUAUCUGGAGGGAUGCAAGAUCCAAGUCUCAGGAUGCUUCAUCGCCGAGAACCCAGAAGGAGGCUCAAUUGCGCGAUGCCAGGGACGAGGCAAGUCGGCUGGAGGCAAUGUCAAGAGAUAAGGGUAACCCCAUUGCUGGUUUUGGUCACCAGUUCGUCGAGGCCGAUCGUAUCAUUCAGACCAACAUGGGCAGGUUCAGACAGCCACCACUUGGCCCUAUAGGCCAGUACAUCAAGGUCAAGCCUGGUACUAGCCAACAAGAGCUAACGCUGAUCAAUAGUCAUCAACCUCUCACAAGAUUGCUCAGAUCGUAUGUCGUUGCGACUCCUGAGGAUGAACGAACGCUGAGAAGCAUAUUGCCACGCAACCAUAACCCUACGAUCUAUUAUGUCAAACCCGACAAUUACGAUGUGGAUCGUAUUUCACCCUCUUCCCAGUUCAAAACUAUUUUGCGGUGCCUUGACGUUUCGGAGGCUCGUGUUAUCCAGGCCUUGGUCGAGUGGGCAGCGGUGCAUAGUACCGCUAUCGCUGGUAGUACCGAAGAGGCUGUUAGAGCUCUGAAGCAGGGGUCGCAAAACUUGGAAUCAGCGAUUGCCCCUCAUAAAACGUCGGAUAGGUUUAUUGUUACUGCAACGCAGAGAGGCUCUCAGCUUUCUUCUUCUGGGGUUGUGCAGUCGGGCCUUCUGCGGGUAGGAAAGGCGAUUGUGACUGCUGAAGACGUUUCUGAGGCCAAGAAACGAGUCGCUGUAUGCGAGCGGGAGCUGCAGCCGCUGAAGGAGGAACUCAGACGCCUGGAGCAAGAGGAGCAGAUGGCUCUACGAGAGUUCAGAUCCCUCGAAGAUAAAGAAUCAGUGUUCGAACAGAAGCUCCAGUCGCUUAGAAGAGAACAUGCUUUAGCUGUGGCAGAGAGGGACUCGAUUCCUGAUGCACCCAGCACAGACGAGACUGACCAGGCUAUCGAGACCAAGACUCAGGAGCUGGAUAACAGCAAGCAGCAGCUGUCUGAGGCACGCGAGGCUCUGGAAGCGGCAAAGGUACGUUCGCGUGAGAUCGCCAAUUCUGAGAUGGAAGCUGAAGUGGAGCUCGACAAGCUCAACGCGAAAGUACACGAAAAGUUUUUGGCUACCGAAGAAGCCAACUUGAGGUACACGGCACAUCAGGACGUCGUGACCAGCACACUGCAGAAGUUCGAGCUGGCCAAGAAGAAGCUCGCGGAGAAGGAGGUUGAGCUAGUUGAUAUACAGGCCAACAUGGAGACCCAGCUUGCUGCUGCACAGGCUCUCAGCGAGGAGCACGUUCCUUUAGAUGAAGGCGUCGACUUAGAGAAUGGUUUUGACUACUGUACCAAGCGUACUGGUGAGUUGCAGGCCAAGAUCGAUGCUGCAAAGAAGCGAAACCUCCGAGACUACCGUAUAGUCUAUGCAGAAUUUCAGGAGGCGGAGGAGGCAUACCGACUUGCUAAGGAGGAGUUUGAGGCGCAGAAGAAGGACGUUAGAGCUCUAGGAGAGACGGAGGCAGACCGUGUUCUGGCUAAGGGGCAGGCUCUUUCUCUUGGUAUUAUGCAGACCAGUGCUUACUUUAGUAACAUCAUGAAGUCUAGGGCAGCCUCAGCUGAUAUCGUUUUCGAUCUGAAAACCAGAAAGCUAGAAGUGAAGAACUACAAGCUCGCUUCUACUUCCGAUACUUCGUCCAAGGGAGGUGCUCGAGAUGUGGCUACCACUUCUGGUGGAGAGCACUCUUUCCUUCAGUCAGCUCUCAUGGCCGCUCUAUGGCAGAUGGUAGAUGCUCCUAUCAUCUGUCUGGAUGAGUACGAGGUGUUCAUGGACGACACCACUCGAGUCACGGCACAAAAGAACCUGAUCAAUACUCUCGGAGGCUUGAAGCAGCGCGCCCAGGCUAUUCUGAUUUCCCCCACGGUGGUGAAGAACAGCGCCGUGGACGAUGCUAGAUUCACGUAUGUGGAGGUUCGAGAUCCCAGUUUUGCUUCUCGAAAUCGGUAA